AUGGCAGCUGAAGCUUUCAAUGCUCGACAAUUCCUUGCCUUCGGAAUGGAUAUCCUUGGAGUGGAACGAUGGGAGUUUCUGAAAGAAACUUCAGUAAUCGAGCGCUUUACCAACGCAUAUGGAGCCAAACCCAUUACGUGUGAGCAGAUGUGGACGGACCUCAUUUCGAUGGGUGAAGUAAACAAGAAAAGCAAACCAAUGCACUUAUUCAUAGCUCUCAGAUUUCUUUACAAAAACGACACUGAGCUUGAUCUGAUGUCUUUCUUCAAGAUUGGAAGUGACAACACUAUCCGCAAGUGGUGCUGGAGUUAUGUGAAGAAAAUUCAGAAGCUGCUCAAAGGGAAGAUGCUCACUUGGGAGGAGGCUGACGAUGGAAUGAUAUUUUUCCUUACAGUUGAUGGCACACAUUGUCCUAUCGAGGAGCCAAGGCCUUUCUCCAAGAUCUGGUCAAGUCACAAGUUUGGAGGAGACGCUGCCUUGAACUACUAA